AUGUACCAACAAGACGAACCAGAAGUAAAUCUGGAACAGAUUCUGGAAAAGAUACGUUCCUUCAACCCGUUCAGGGGCAGGGGCGGUGGUGAAGGCGGUGGCCGCGGCAACGGCAUCGCCUAUUUCAUACUGGGGCUGUUCGCCGUGGGCAUCGUGUUCUGGCUGGGCACAGGAGUAUAUACUGUGCAGCCGGGCGAGGAAGCGGUGCUGCGGCAGGUGGGUCGGUAUUACGACACGACGGGUCCGGGGUUGCACUGGUUCUGGCCGACGCCCAUAGGCAAGCGCGAUGUGGUGAACGUUGACGAGGUGCGACGGCUGGAAAUCGGCGUGCGAGGUAGUGCGUCCAUUCCGGACGAAGCGCAUAUGAUAACCGGUGACCAGAAUAUCGUGGACGCGCAGCUGCUGGUGCAGUACAACAUCAAGAGUUCGCAGGACUUUCUGUUCAGGGCGGUUGAUCCCGGAGGACUUACGAUAAAGGACGCCGCGGAGACUUCGCUGCGCCAAGUCGUCGGUCAGCGCGCAAUCGACGAUGUGCUGACGAUUGAAAAGGAAGCUGUUCAGGAAGAUACACGCCUGAAGCUCCAAGAGCUGCUCGAUUUAUAUCAGACAGGCAUACAGGUUACUGAGGUCAAGUUGCUGAAUGUGCGCCCGCCGGAGCAGGUGCAGGACGCCUUUGACGAUGUGGUUCGCGCCCGCGAGGACAAGGACCGCAUUAUCAACCUUGCCGACGCUUAUAAGGAGUCGCAGCUACCUCUGGCAAGAGGUGAAGCAGCACGGCUCACCGAGGCGGCGGAGGCGUUCAGGGAGACGCGGGUGGCGCAGGCGACAGGUCAGGCUAACCGCUUCCUCGCGGUGCUGCAAGAGUACCGCAAGGCGCCGGAUGUUACGCGCCAAAGGCUCUACCUUGAAGCGAUGGAAGAGAUUCUGCCGGGCGUUACCAUGUUCGUCGUGGACGCGGACAAUGGCGGCAAUCUGUUGCAGCUUCUGCCUCUGAACGGUGCAGACAGUGGUACAACGCCGUUCAGCGUACCAACCCCGACAUCCAACUAG